UGUAAUAGGAAGGGCUGAUGGAGGAAGAUGAACAGGAAGGGCUGAUGGAGGAAGAUGAACAGGAAGGGCUGAUGGAGGAAGAUGAACAGGAAGGGCUGAUGGAGGAAGAUGAACAGGAAGGGCUGAUGGAGGAAGAUGAACAGACAGUCCAGGAUGCUUGCUGACAAACACAGUUGCGAGCACAGAACAGUCAUUCAACGAAACCAUCUCCAGUCUUCACAACAUAAAAUGCGCCCUAACGCAGCGAUGUCUCUGGGUAUGCUGGCCGUGUUCUUGCUGAUAUGCAUGUCCAAUCUGAUGGCCGCGUAUCCAUCCAAACCCGUCAUUCCCGCAGAAGAUGCGCCUGUCGAGGACUUCGCCAAGUACUUCUCUGCACUCAGACACUACAUCAACCAAAUCACUCGACAGCGGUAUGGGAAAAGAUCCAGCCCUGAUAUGGUGUUCUCUGACCUGCUACAGAGGGAGAGCACAGAGAGCGUCCCACUAGCAAGCUAUGGAAGAUAUGAGGAUCUACCGUUGUGGUGGUGAAGCCAGUGUAUUACGGACUUUCAACACCACACUGCCUGUUUGUCACAGCACCACAACAACACCACACUGCCUGUUGGUCACAGCACCACAACAACACCACAACAACACCACACUGCCUGUUGGUCACAGCACCACAACAACACCACAACAACACCACACUGCCUGUUGGUCACAACACCACAACAACACCACAACAACACCACAAUGCCUGUUGGUCACAGCACCACAACAACACCACAACAACACCACACUGCCUGUUGGUCACAGCACCACAACAACACCACAACAACACCACACUGCCUGUUGGUCACAGCACCACAACAACACCACAACAACACCACACUGCCUGUUGGUCACAACAACACCACACUGCCUGUUGGUCACAACACCACAACAACACCACAACAACACCACACUGCCUGUUGGUCACAGCACCACAACAACACCACAACAACACCACACAACACCACACUGCCUGUUGGUCACCGACUCGACCUGGACUUGAAUGGAUAUCUGCAGCCUGCAUGAUGCAACCACCUCCCUGUCUGUCUGUCAUAGUAGAAGUGUCCUGUACAUAUGUUACUUUCUCCUUUUGUGCAUCACACUGUGUACUGUAAACCAAAAUAAACAUUUACUGGUUGGAUCAAAUACAUCAUAUAAAGUACCUUGGAUCAAUGUUUUACAAUGUGACUCUGUUUUAAGUAUAUAAACAAGAAAAUCCUAGGACUCCAGAAAGUAAGCAAAGUGGUCUUUCUUUUACACUUAUUGGAUACUAGUUGUUCCUGCCACAACCAGGACCAGGACCUACACCUAGAACCACUGCUGCACAGGGUUCUCUUUGUUCCCACAGGGUUUACUAAGAUAUACUGCCCUCUUCUG